AUGUUUAAGUAUCUGGUUUCAUUAUUUAGCUUAUCAAUAGGUCUACAAAUUAUUAAUGUAGAUCCAUACUUUAUGGAUGAGGGAGAAUUUAUAGAAUUAGAAAACUCUGAUUAUCUCAUUCAAUAAACUAUUAAUAAUGCAACCUUUUUUCUCACUUUGAGUUCAUAUGAUAUUCCUUUCAAUAUAUUUUUUGAGUAAGAUAACAUUUAAAAUAGAAUAUUUUUCUCAUAUCCUGAAGAUGGAGACGUAAAUUUUCUUACCACAAUAGGAAAAAAUUAAUUGACCACUCUAGAUAAAAAUACUAUUGUAACAACUUAUGCUGAUUUCAAUGGUUUUUAUCUCAAAAAGAAUUAUCAUAAUAUUGUUAUCCCAGCGAAUUCAUUUAUUAGUGGUGAUAAAUUUUAUAUAACAAAUUUAAUCAGAAAUGACAGAAGAACAUAUUAAUAUACUCUUAAAAUUAAAAAAAUUUCAUAAAAACCUUGUCCUUAAAAUUGCUCUUCAGAAUCUGGGAUUUGUAUGGAUGGAGUUUGUUAAUGCAAUAAUAAUUUUAUAGAUUUAGAUUGCUCAAAAGAGGCUAUAGAACUAAAACUUGAUUAAAAGAUUGAUAAUAUUAACAUUUUGGGAACUUAAAAUUUUUAUUUUUAACAAGAAGCAUAAUUAGAUUAAGUUGAAUUCAAAAUGGGUUUAACAGAGAUUUUUUAACAACCUUAAACACUAGUUUCCUUAUAUUAUCUAUUUGAAAACUUUUAAAUUGGUGUUCCUUUUAAACUUUAUUAGAAUUAUAGCUUAACUUAAUAGGAAAAUACAAUUUCUAUUAAAUUCAAUGUUUCUUUGUUAAAUUAUAAUUCAAAUCUAUAAAGGUAAUAUUAUGAAGUUGAUUUAGAUUUCAUCGUCUGUUAAUUAAAAUAAUUUCUGAAGAUAAAUAAUAAUUCUUUUUUGAGGUUUCUUAAAAAUCUACUUCUACAUCUGAUGAUGAAACAAAUAAAAUAGUAAUUUAUGUUGUAGUUUCAUUAAGUUCAUUUCUUCUUAUUGUUAUAUUUUUUUAUGUUUUUUACAAAUGUAAAUGUAGAGUUAGAUAUUUAUAAAUUGCACCAGUGGAAUUGUAAGAGGAAAAUAGUUUUUAUACAUUUGAAUUUUUAAAAAAAUACAUGAGGAAAUUUAAAAAAGAAAAAGGUUUAUAUGAAGGAAAUUUUGAAUGUUCAAUAUGUUUAGAAGGUGAAGGUAAGCAAGAAUUGAGAUUAACUCCUUGUUGCCAUAUGUUUCAUGUCUAAUGUUUUUAGAUUUGGUUAAAUAAACAUAGUACAUGUCCAAAUUGUAGAAAAUAAAUGAAUCAAAAAAUAAUAAUGUAAGCUCAAAAAGAUAAAAUAUAAGAACCAAUAUAAUCUUAGUAUAUUAGAAUAGAUUAGGUAGGAUAAGAGCUUUAGUAAAAUGCAAACUAUCAUUAACCACUAAAUGAUGGGAAUAUAGAAUAUUGA